GAGUGACAUGUGUUUGUGCAGGAGCCGGAUGUGUGGUGUCAAGGUGGUGUCCUCCGGGCCUGACGGCUGCUGUCUUGCUGCUGCUGAAAGCUGUCACCACACAGAGUACGGCUUGGAGACCCGAGGCGCUGCGUGGCUGCACACUAGUCCAGGGAGAAGCAACAUAGCCACACACAGCAGUGUGAUUCCCACGAAGUAUCCUGAGACCCAGGCUGCUGCCACGCCCAGCUCCACGGUCCCCCUCCGGGGCCAUCAGCCUGCUGCUUCGUGGUCCGCGGGGAUGGCUGUCACUUCUGGGCUUCUGGACAGCGGGACGCUCCACCUGGUUAUCUAUUUCCUUUAUGACAGCAAAAGUGUCUUUAUCAAAGAGGCCCUAAGGUGCUACCCUGCCCUUUCUGCCACGGGAGGACACAGCUGGACGCCCUCUGAACCAGGACCAGAUGCUGACAGCCCCGAGUCUGCUGGAGUCUGGAUCCGCCUCCCUGGCCUGCAGAACUGUGGGAAAUAAAGUUCCGCUGUUUACCCGCUACCCAGUCAACGGCACUUUGUUGUAGCGACCCAAACAGAUUCUAACACGCAAAAUGCUUCCCUGUUAUCUGAGAUUUGGGUUCUUGAAAGGAUUGCCUUUGUCAUUAAAAAAAAUUUGCUCAGUGGCUCAAGCGUUUGCCUGGGAAGGGCAAGUUCAUGAGUUUGAUCCCAGGUACCAAAAAAAAAAAAAAAAGAUCUAGCUGGUGUUAUCACACCAGUAAGAAUAUUGGUUUGAGAAUAGUGUAGUGCGCCAUAGUGAGAAACAAAAGUUACCCACAAUUGUGCAAUCUAAAUAUUCGCUUCCAUCAGGAAUAUAAUCAUUUGGGUAUAGUUGUGUUUAGGACAUUUUCACCUUUUUUACUUUGCCCAUUCUUCUUGGUUUAAGUAUUCCUCACUCAAUUGUUUUCUUGUCAUUUUAUUUCUUAGGCUAAAGCUGGAUUAAUAUUUUUAGGGUUCCCAGAUGCAGGAAAAAAAAAGUUAGCUUCUCUAUCCAAUAAGAAAUUAAAAAUAAAAAUAAUCUAAGGAGUAAAAUAAAAACAUAAAUAAUUCAGCUCUUUCUUAAAGUAUGUUAAAUGUCAGUGAUACCCAUUGAAUUAUAUUAAAUGGAAAUACAGUAAAUAUAAAAUGUCCUAGAUGUAAAUCGUGUCCAGUGAUGGAGCGAGGCUUCCUGGUGUACAUCUUGGCCCUGCCACACCAAAGGCAGGCAAGUUACUUUGAAACAUGCACUGUUACAGUAAAUGACUUACAGACAGACAAGACUUGAACAUUGCUCUGUGUAUAGUAUAUGUUCAAUUAAUGGCAGUUAGCGUAAUGAUUGUCGAAGAUCAAUAGCUGUAGUCAUAACAUACAUCAGCAUAGUUUACUCAUUAUGAUACUUAUGACUUAGUAAGAAGAAGUUUGAUUUCCUUGAGAAAUUUCUUAGAUCUAUCCAUUGCCUGUCCAUUUUGUAAUAACUCAGCAUAUUUUAUUCUGUUUUGGUUUUUUUCUCCUUUUCUGGGCUUGGAGGUGGAGUGAAGAGAACCUCUCCUUUUAUCUGCUGAUAGAAACAAAGAGGAAUCAUUUCUUCCUGUUGUUCAGAAUUUAUUUCCCAGGGAUUGAAUCUUUUACCACCGCUGGGCAGCACAUCUGGGGUGUACGGACCGCAGGGCUGUGGGAUGCGCAAUACUCCACCCUCUUCCUGAAGGUCUGCAUGGACCUGUCGGGGGCAGCCAAGAAACAGCACCUGCAUGAGCCACGUGGCCUGGGGCAGGGAGUCCACUUUCUAAGACACUAACUUUAUACCCCUCACAACGGCCUUAGCAGACAAGCCUGGCAGCUCGGAGCUCUUAAGCAAGUUGCUCAGGACCCAGUGUAAGAAGACGGAUUUUAAAACCACGUCACCCCAAGUGAUGAGUCCACGGCCUCCUCGUUAAUGUGAGAGCUGAGACAGCAGCAUCUCUGCUCAGAAACACCCAAGAAAGCACCCUCUGCUCAGGGCCCAAGCCAGCUGCUCUGCAGGAGCGGGAGCCCGGGGCAGGCUGCUCCUCACCGCCUAUUUCUGGCCAAGUGGUCAGACUAAUACUAGGCAGCCCCGACAUUCUCAGAGCAAGUUAAAAGCAUGGCGGGGACUAUCUCUGAAUGGACACUUUUGAAUUUGGUGACACACUUUCACCUUAAAAAUAUGACGCAGCAUUUAGACAGUGAAAUGACCCACGGUCGGCCGGGCUGCGACUGCAACGUCAUGCACACGCAUGUCCUGUGACACUUUCCACUACACUGGGCCUAAGUAGCCAAUCAGUAGAAAACUGGGCGCCAAGGAGAUCGCACGGUGGAUUCAACCCUUCAGAGGCUGGCGGCUUCCUCACCCAGGUAGCCAAGGGCACUAGGUGACCGCGGCUUGGAAGCGUCCUGUAGGAUGGGGGUUCCACACACUCACCGAUCCUGGGAAGUCACUACGCUGAGUGGGUUAACGUGUGAUGAAUACGUGUAGUCAAAGCGAGAGCGGGUUCCAGGGCAAAUGUGUUCGCUUUUGCCUGCCUUCAAGUUGGUCUGAAGUCUUGAAUUUUAGGAGAAUGUCUCCUUUCAGGACAUCACCUACGGGCAGGAGGCGGCACUGCAGUUUAGUCUCAGCUGCUAACCCUGCAUGCAGAGGGGACUUCUGGUCAGGCAGCCAAGCGCUCAGAGGCAGAGGUGGGAAAUGGGGCAGCGCCGACAAGCUCGGGCCCUGGACACCCACCUUUCCCUCCCAUUGUCACCGUGAUGCGUACUUUUGAACAGAAACCCGGGACUAGAAAUGGAGCCAGCUGCAAAUCUGUGAAUUGUGGCUGCUGCUGAGAGCUGCACCUGAGCCGGCUCCUGGCAGUUGAGAGACGCUGCAACUUCCCCCGGGCUCUAAUCUGAAAAGGGAGGAUUCCUGAUGGUGUUUCAUUUGAUGUUCACAGUGCUGUAGCUGAUUGUGUCAGGAAAAUAAAUUUUCCAAUGAAAAUCUAUCUUUCUCUUAAUCGGGGCUUGGAUCGCUGUCAAGGAAGAUGAGGAGGGAGACAGAAAGGGAAAACUCUGUGGCUAAGCUCUUUGAUAAUUAGUCUCUUCAUUGAAGAGCCAGUUCUGACUCAAACGAGGCAAUUUCGUUUUUUCUCAGAGACACGUGUAACCUGCCGGGCUGGCUUGGGUUGCGUUGAUAUUCUGUGGCGCCUCACUGCUUCUCUUUCAAGAAAUACACCAACAAGAAACCAGAAUAGAAACCCUGAUCGCCCCGGCA